UGAGGCUUGGAUCAGCUUCGAAUUGAUGUACGAUGUCAGUUUACGACAGAAGCAACGGUAGUAAUAACAAUGGUGACUACCAUAGAACAGGCUAUACGUCCACUAAUUCUAACUUCUUCUCUGCUCGGUUUAGGAGUUUACUCCUCGAAGAAACCUUAUUUAAGUAUUUUCUAUAGUCUGACAAUAUGGAUCACUUAUGGCUGCCUUUUUUACUAUAUCGUGACUAUACUUAAGGCAGACACAUUUUUUCGAACAGUCGAGGCUAUAAUCGACGUACAGUUUGGCACUCUUACCAGCAUCACAUGUGUUAUCGUAAAUAUAUAUUUAAAUAAGAGAUUUCAGAUAUUUAUCAAAAGGCUUAUUGCUGUGGAUAAUACAUUGGAAGAAUUAGGUACACCAAAGCUAUAUCGCGAUUUGCACAUGCGUACAAAAGGGCUAUUAAUUGGAUGGUUAAUAUGUUGUCAUGUGGGAAAUAUAUCCGACAUAAUAUGUUGGUUUUACAUAUCAAAAGGAAAAAAUCAUGGAUAUUUGAUCAUUAUAUUAACUUAUAUCACAAAUUAUCAUUAUCUCGUCAACAUGUUUGUGGAUUUAUUAUUUGUGAUUAUUCUGUG